CUCUUAUUUGCUAACAUUUAAUUUAGCUCAUAUUAAAAUCCGGUGGAACGUCGCUGGACGGGUGUGUAAUAGUUUCUGGUUUUAGAUACCAGGGAGAGCAGGAGGAAUCUCCACUUCUGUCGCUUUUUCAGAUAAAAGGUCGUUUCUGGAGACUUGUGCGGAAGUGGUGCCACCCCCACCCUCCUCCGCUGAGCCCGGACCUGCCCGGACCCUGGACCCGCCCCUGGCGGAGCGCCGGGACGGCGCGCUGCUCGUGGGCACUUCUUCCUUCUGGCGUCAGACUCAGCGUUUCCCCUGGACUGGCUCACCUGAGCAGCAGGUGGAGGAGGGCGGCGGGGGCGGCGGGGGCGGCGGGGUCAAAGUCCGCAGCCGCACGCGCAGACACACGCCGGGUCUGCGCUCCUCAGCUGGCCGCCCGGCUGAAGCAUGUUGCGGGGACACGCGGCUGCGGGGAUCCUGCGGCGCGCUGCGGCUCCGUGCGUCGUGGCUCCGCGGCGGCGCGCGGCCGCCUCCAGCGGCGGCGCCGUGCCGGACGAGCAGAGGCUGAAGACCCUGGAGGACCUGCCGGGCCCGGGCCUCCUGACCGGCCUGUACUGGCUGUUCGUGCGGGGAUACUUCCAGACCACGCAGCAGCUGCAGAUUGAACACAGUCGGAUCUACGGUCCUCUGUGGAAGUCCAAGUUCGGCCCCCUGGUGGUGGUGAACGUGGCCAGCGCCCAGCUGAUCGAGCAGGUCCUGAGGCAGGAGGGGAGGCACCCGGUCCGGACGGACAUGCCCCACUGGAGGGACUACCGGGAGCUCCGGAGCCAGGCCCACGGACCCCUGACCGAGAUGGGGGAGAAGUGGGCCCGGAUCCGGAACAUCCUGAACCCCCGGAUGCUGAUGCCCAGACACGUCUCGGCGUACGGAGACUCCAUCAACCCCGUGGUCGACGACUUCCUCUGCAGGCUGGCGUGGCUCCGGGACACCAGGGGGCGGGGCCUCGUGGUCCACGACCUCACCGGGGAACUCUACAAGUUCGCGUUCGAAGGGAUCUGCUCGGUGCUGUUCGAGACCCGGAUGGGCAGCUUGGACGAGGCGAUGCCGGAGGAGACGCAGAGGUUCAUCUCCUCGGUGGGGGAGAUGUUCCACCUGUCCGCCGUCCUCGUGCUGUUCCCCCGGUGGGCGUGGCCAUACCUGCCCUCCUGGAGGCGCUUCGUGGCCGUCUGGGAUCACCUCUUCAGAGUCGCUGAAGACCUGGUGAGGAAGAAAAUGGAGGAGCUCCAGAGGAUGGCGCAGCAGGACGGCGGCGUGGAGGGAGCCUACCUCACCCACCUGCUGCUGGGCGGUCACAUGACGCUGACGGAGAUCCUGGGCAGCAUCACCGAGCUGCUGCUGGCCGGCGUGGACACGACCUCCAACACCAUCUCCUGGUGUCUGUACCAGCUGGCCAGGGAGCCGCAGAUCCAGGACCAGCUGUAUCGGGAGGUCCUGGCCGUCUGCCCCGGAGACCAGGUGCCAGACAGCGACGCCGUUUCCCAGAUGCCCCUGCUGAAGGCCGUCGUCAGGGAGACGCUGCGGCUGUAUCCGGUGGUGCCGGGAAACGCUCGGGUCUCCGUGGAGGAGAUGGUGGUGGGAGGGCACCUGUUCCGGAAAGAUACGCUGUUCCACCUGUGCCACUACGCCGUGUCCUACGACCAGAGCGUCUUCCCGGACGCUCACGCCUUCCUGCCGCGGCGCUGGCUCCGGGACGGCGGCGAGAAGCUGCGGCAGCAUCCCUUUGGCUCGGUGCCGUUCGGCUUCGGCGUCCGGGGCUGUCUGGGCCGGCGGGUGGCCGAGCUGGAGAUGUAUCUCCUGCUGUCCAGGUUGAUCAAGCAGUUCGAGGUGAGGCCGGAUCCUGCAGGUGGCGCCGUCACGCCCAUCACCAGGACGCUGCUCUGCCCCUCCACGCUCAUCAACCUGCAGUUUGUGGACCGAGCGUCGGGGGGGCGGCGGCCUCCGGCCUCCUCCUGAGCCCCUCAUCAAUACGCACCGCGUGCGGCGCCCUGCCGGAAACGGCGAGGAGGCCGGAACGCUGCGGGAAGGACCGUCUCGUCCCGGUCCUACCAGGAGGACGGAACCGUCUCGUCCCGGUCCUACCAGGAGGACUGGACCGUCUCGUCCCGGUCCUACCAGGAGGACGGAACUGUCUCGUCCCGGUCCUACCAGGAGGACUGGACCGUCUCGUCCCGGUCCUACCAGGAGGACGGAACCGUCUCGUCCCGGUCCUACCAGGAGGACGGGACCGUCUCGUCCCGGUCCUACCAGGAGGACGGAACCGUCUCGUCCCGGUCCUACCAGGAGGACUGGACCGUCUCGUCCCGGUCCUACCAGGAGGACUGGACCGUCUCGUCCCGGUCCUACCAGGAGGACGGAACCGUCUCGUCCCGGUCCUACCAGGAGGACGGGACCGUCUCGUCCCGGUCCUACCAGGAGGACGGAACCGUCUCGUCCCGGUCCUACCAGGAGGACGGGACCGUCUCAUCCCGGUCCUACCAGGAGGACUGGACCGUCUCGUCCCGGUCCUACCAGGAGGACUGGACCGUCUCGUCCCGGUCCUACCAGGAGGACGGAACCGUCUCGUCCCGGUCCUACCAGGAGGACAGGUGGAACGAGGCAGAACAGGACAUGGAGACGUUCAGAUGGAAGCUGUCCUCUGCGUCUCCUGAUCCAGUGUUUAUCUUCUGUUUUUAACCUGGAG